AUGGGAGAUGGGCUCAAUACCAGUGUCGAAGGCGCCAUUAAACAGGAUCACUAUUUUCUGGAAAACAUUACCUUCGAUUCCACGUACGAUCCCUCUGCAACUUGGCUCUCGCCGUCUGUGAACAUCGUGCGAGGAGCUUGUCUUGUUGUGGUCAGUGUCCUUGGCGCAAGUUUUAAUGCUUUCAUGAUCGUGGCCAUCGUCCCCAACCGUCGAUUGAGGACUGUACGGAACAUCCUGCUAGUACACCUUGGGGGAGUUGGAUUAUUGUCGUCCAUGUUUACUACUAUGUACGCAGCUCUCGUUACAUUUCACGGCACCUGGCUAGGUGGGAAUCCUAUGUGCCAGACAUACGCUUACAUUACCUGUGUGUUUACCAGUGUGUCUGUCUGGACGAUCGCCGCCCUCAGCUGGGACAAAUACCAGACCAUCGCUUCACCGCUGCAUCACUCGUUAACUGCAACAUUGAGAAAGAUGUUACCGUGUUUUUCUGUGUUUUGGGGUUGUGGUCUUAUUCUGUCGUUGCCACCGCUGUUUGGGGCUAAUGAAUACUCCUUCCAUUCGACGAUGGGAAUUUGUGGUGUCAAUUCAUCAAGUAUUACAGGACGUUGGUACACUUGUGUUUUAGUCUGCUUGUCGUUUAUCUUUCCCUUUUGUUUAAUGAUCUACUGCUACGCUCAUAUUUUCCGGAUCGCCAGAACUCAAAGCAGCCGUAUAGCUGCCACCAUGCUGAGAAUGGUUAGCGUGAUCCAGGCGCCCAUCGCCCCAGCGACUCAGAGCUCACUCUCCCUGCGAGGAACUAAAGCUAUGGGGACAAUUUUGCAACUGAUUGGAUCCUUCGUUUUGACUUAUCUCCCUUACGCAAUCAUUAUUCUUUACGAAGUUAUAUUUGCUGUACACGCUAAUGCUGUUUUUGUGUCCAUAGCAACCACUCUGUUUUUAGCUGCUCCAUUCACCCACGCUGCGAUAUAUGGAAUUAGGAACCAGAUUCUACGCACAUCCUUCUAUCGCUACACUCGAAGAAAGAUUCAACACUGCUGUGCGAAUGAUAAACGGCGUGGUAGUAUCAAGUCGCUGAAUAGGAAAUCUCCAACAGCUCUAAAAAUGCCGUUGAAGUGUAUAGUUCGGAGUAAUGGGAAACAGUUUAUUCUACGACGAACACUUUCCUGUCAGGAAGGACCCCUAGACGGACAACUUGGGGUUUUUGAGGAGCAAGUUGCAGUUCUUCCUCGACCACAUUCUUUCGACGUUUUAAGAAACACCAUUGGGUGGUCUACCCCUUUGUCUAACGGUACAAGGCUACACAAUGGAGAUAACUCUCGCGGGGACUGCAAACAAGUUAAAGAAGUUUCCUUUUCCGACAAAGACGAAAUUUCCUACAUUCACCCAGAUGGCAUCUCUCAUAUGGGUCGACAUGAGGUGUCCUACUACAGUAAAGAUAUCAUGAAAGAAAUGAGUGUGAUGGAUUGGGAGAUGGAAGAAAUAUCUCGAUACGACCCAGAUGAACAGGAUAUUCCCGAAUGCGAUAGCCGGCAUAAGAAAAUGUCUAGCUCAGACAAUCGACAAGAUGAAUUAGUGAAAUUAUACCAGUUCAAAGAAGAUAUACUUAACGCCCCUUUAAAAAACUCAAACAAUACUUCAGGCUCUCUCAAGGACAAACCAAAAUCUGGUCGCAGAAAAGACAAAUCGAGAUGUCGAUCUCACAAACUGAACCAGGAAGAGUCAUCCAUCUUCCAUGUGGGACAAAUAGAAAUGGAGUCACACUUCGACGAUGCUUUCAAUGAUGAAAUAUCACAAACGUAA